AUGGUACAGUCAGUGGGCAAUAUGGCGCUGGCCAGGGUAGGUAGAUGUUGUCGGUCGUUGGUACUUGAGCCCUCUAAAGGACUGUUUUGUGGUGUUUUACAGUCAGGCUGGACUGAAGGCUGCUUAGGAGCUAAGAGACAUCUAUUGUCAGAGGAUGUCAUCAAACUACGAGACUUUCAACAAAGGAAGCUGGCUGUGGCUCACCGUGCCGUUGGAAUGAAAGGAAAUUAUAUCGCGGAAUUCAGUCAGAAGCUACAGAGGAAUGAACUGAUACUGAGAGAUGAGCUGAAGCUUCUCCUUCACUUGUGCCACUCUGCAGAUGACAUGGUGAUUGCCAGAGAUGCCAUUUCUAGGUAUCAUGCAGAGAACCGUAACUUGUUGUAUGGAGAUUUCAAGUUUGGUCCUCUGUUCAUGAGACUGUGUUAUGAACUGGAUCUGGACGACUUAGCUGCCUCUACACUUACAGAUAAGAGUAUGAGGGGAUUUUUCCACGAUGCAACUUCCUUUAACAUCGGCAUAGACAUGUUAUUCACUAAAGGCUCUUAUGAACAUGCCCUGGAGGUACUAAGAACCAUGAGGAAUCAAGGCGUGCCAUUCAACAAAGACACAGUGACACUGGCGUCUGGCACCUGCUAUAAGCUGAACACGGCUGAGUCCUACAGGAUCUGCACUGCUCUGAUAGAGGAGGAACAGGCCAAAGGGCACUUCAUCCCCAGACAUGCUUACUGCUUUGCUGUAGCAUUAGCACUUCGACUGAAUGAUGUAGAAAAGGCACAGUCAUUGUAUUCACAAAUUAUGAGCUCUGACAGCAGAUUAUGCCAAAAUAUAAAGGUUUUAUUGCUAAUAAUGUCAGGAGCGGUGACAGAUGCCAUUUCCUUCCUGUCUGCAGCCACUGGACCUAAAAGCCCUUCUUUUGUGAGGAAGCCUGAAUUUUCUCAGGAGGUGGUGGAUUUGCUGCUCUUGCGGAGCGAGGACGGGCCGCACAUGAUGAAAGUGGAGCAGAUAGUGAGUGAUCUCGAGCAAGCCGAUCAGGUGACCCAGCAGACCCUCGAUAGCAUGCUCUGCUACACACCCACAGGGAAGAGGAAACCAUUUCCAAUAAUGGAGGGGAGGAGGACCAGCCGAAGGACUCUGAAGCCACUGCAGUCCACUCUGCUGUCAGAGUGAGAGAAGUCGUGUGCAAAGCCUGCUGUUAAGGGUCUAACAUGAGGCUGUAUGCAAACCGACAAAAAACACUAACUCUGGCUAGAGUAGACUUUGUCACGAUUACUUUUAUCUACCUCUCCGUGAACACAGAGUCACCCCUCUGCAGAGUGGACUUUUGUCCCUUUUUUGUCAUCCCUAUUUAAAAUUUGAGGUCACAGUUCAUGUUUGUGCAACAAACACUUUAACAGAAAGCUGUGCAAUGAGGGAUUUGGGGAGAAAGUGUUGUAUGUAAGUGUGAAUGAGUGAUUAAAGGUUAUAUGGGAUGUUUAAUAAUGAAAUAAGAUUAUUUUUCUUACUUUUGUUGUGUGGGGAUGCUGGUGAAGUCAGGGUUGUGUUUCCAUGUUUAAAGGAUAGGUUCAAAAUUAUUCAAGUCUGUCUUAAAACAGCAGCCAGGUAUGUUUAUGUUAAUUGCAGUAUGUUUUGCAAGCUGUAGUCACACCUCCUGUUCAUACUGGCCGUUCAGCGGUUUCAAGAAAAAUAUAUUCCAGAGUUAUUUGAAACACAGUUCCCGUUUUUGUUAUUUUUCUUCCAGGGAGACACAGAGUGGGUUCUGUACUAAAAGGAGACUUUGAACAUGAUUGAUUAACCCAGACUGCCAUUAAUAAAAAGAAACAAGAGCAGUUUGUUUUUCUUAUGAAAACAUUUAAAAUAAUACUUAGAUAUAUUCUCAUUAAUUCAGAAAAACAGGGUUUUUUCUCAAGUGAAUGCAUUAUGCUGCCAUACUUCUCUGUGACUCAAACUUAAUGUAAAGCACAAACACCUGUCACGUUAUCAUUUCCAUCCAUAUUCAGAUAUUAAAAUCUCAGAAACUGCUGCUCCCAA